AUAACGUCAUCUAAACAUUAGAAAAAAAUGCAGGUCUAUAGGCCUAUACAGGCCUCUAAAUCCUGGUCUUCUAGUUACUAGAGACGCUCUGGAUUAAAACUGCAGAAUUUUAAUGACAAUCAAGUCUGUAGGAGCAAAGGCAGUUCAAUCAAUAUAUGGCCGGCGAAAAGAAGAUUGCUUUUGAAUUUGAAGCAGAAGUGGAUCCUGUAGAUCACAUAGAUACAACUGUAGCUAUUAUAACUGGACAGACAGUGCAAGUGAGCUUACAGUUGAACAACACAAUCAGGCAGGAAAAAGAAAAUAUAUUAUUUCAAAACAAUGUUGCUGAUCCAGAUUUGUAUGUCAUGAUACUUUGUGGUCAAGACUCAAGUCGCAAGAUUUUAUCUGAUGAAGCAACUGUCAGAUUUUAUAAAGACCAGCUGAUGGAAAGUAAUGCUCAAAUAGAAAUAAACCUACAGAGCUAUGCCAAUGAACAACAAGCUUCAGCAGCUGAUAGUCAAAAAUAUAACUUUAAGCUUAAGUGAUAGUCAAAAGUAUAACUUUAUGCUUAAUUGAUACUGUUUAUGCAAAAAAACAACAUUAUCUUGUUAAGAUUUUUGUUUAUUUUAACCUUAAUUUUUUGUUUGUUUUUGGCUUUAAUAAAAUUCUAAUUUCGGA